AUUAACCUGAUUUCAAGAUGUCGGAGGAAGAAGAGUCUAUUCUGAACACUAAAAGAUCUCUGAGAAAGAGAUGGGUGAAACACAGCACUCCAGUGGAUUCAAUGCCUUCAGGAUCAAUGUCAUCUCUUACGGAACUGACAAAUCGGUCAAUUGAUGACCAAAAUUCCAGCAAGAGAAUUUAUGAAUCUCCAGUGCCAAAAUCAAAUCUAAGUAGAUCAUUAGCUCAAGUAUCAAUGGCAUGUGUUGAAGCGUAUAUCCCUCAUACGUCCCCAAAAAGGCUUUCAACAGCGUUUGACUCACAAGAAUCAAAGGAAGAGAUAAGCCAAAGCUCCCGGGUCGUGUUUUCUAGGAAGAGGCUUUCCACAGUGUUGGCCUCUGGUGAAUCGGAUGAAGAGCCAAAUGACAAGGUCGUGCCAAGCUCGGAAACUCGGGCUUCCACCAAAGCAUCUGUAAUUCCUGAGAGUGAACCUGCAUGGCUUCUUACUGGAAUACCAGGGAUAAAAGAUCUCCCAAUAGGAAAAAAAAGAAAGAAGAAAGUUGACAAAGCCCUUGUGAGAAAGAAAGAAAGAGAAUGGCUGCUCCGUCAACUUAAAAAUAUCGAGGAGGCAACUGACCAUGAACUGACAAUUGAAGAAGCUUGAUUGAACUGGCAUUGGUGCUAUCACAUCCAGCUGCCGGGAGCAGCUGGUUCCAAUAAAUCAUGCACCUGACUAAAGU